AUGGCCGGCAGAGUUUUCCCCUGGAUAAUCCUAGUUGUGGCUGCACUUUGUGUGGUAUUUUUAGGAGGGAAACGACGCGCUUUCGGUAUUUUUGUUGCCCAACUUCAUGCUGAAUUUUCUAACAUUACUUUGGCCGAAUUGAAUUGGAUUGGUGACUCGUAUGCUGCUUUGGGAUAUUUGACCACAUCGGUUUGUACAUCGGCCAUUAUGGCCACAGGGAGACGAUUUUGGGCGUCCCAAUCUUUGGGUGCUAUAUUUGUGUUACUCGCAUGCGUCACCAGUGCUUACGUGUCCAAUCCCCAUUGGUUGUUCCUUACGCAUACGGUCUUGCACGGGAUUGGUUCAUCCUUGGUGUUGAGCACUGCCGGUCUCGUUGUGAAUGAACACUUUGACAAAAAUCAUCGUUACCACAUUUUGGCUACCACGCUUGUGUCCGGGGGAUCGGUAGCUUCCAUUUUGUUUGUGGAAUUCUACGCGUAUCUGAUUGAGCGAUGGGGCUGGCGAAUGUCUUUCAUAAUUCUCGGUAUUCUAUACUUUUUUGUUCUGUUGCUCGGAUCGUUGGUGUUUGUGAAAGAUUCGACCAAACCAGACAAUCGAAACGAUCGAUGCGCAUCGAUCGGACGGGAUCAGCUGUCGUGGAAACGUGGUGCACUUUUGGUUCUUUGGUUCUUCGAUCGAAUAUUUACCAGUGUGGUCACUUACGGAAUGCUAUUGAAUCUGGCCGACUACAUGUUUCGUCGUGAGACCUCAUUGCGACGGAGUGCAGUACUAACCACAUUAUUUGCUGCUGGCGAAGCUUCCACUUAUGUAAUUGGUGCCGCAGCCACAGGGAUUACGAAAGAUCUAUUGAAAAAUCGACUGAAAUAUGUGCUACUGGUCACAAGCUUCACUAUGUUUGUUGGUCUAACCCUUUGGGAAUUCUUGGCCGACUAUCGAGGUGUGAGUUAUUUUUUGGCCUAUCUGAACGGAUUCUGUCUCGGUCCGUCGAUCACGUUUCUGUUUCCCGCGGGUGAGGAAAUGACCAUGCUCCCGGGUCAUAUGGCCUAUCCGUUCUCUUUGGGUGGAAUGGGCACCGGAAUGGCCUUGUCCCCAUUGCUGUCCGCGAUGGUAGCACAGACGUUUGAAUACCGUUGGUUCUUUCUCGCUCAAGGCACAAUGAUGCUGAUCAAAUUUGUCUGUCUGUUCUGUUCCAUGUUAAUUUUGCAAAGUUUAACCGGUCCCGGCCAUGGUUAUCAGCGUGUCAUGAUGGAAGAUGCAGACCCAAACACGUUGGGUUCCCACGCGGAAUGUGGUCACAGGGAUUUGGAUAAGGCGACCCUGGUGCAAUGCGAACUGGACGGUACGAAAAGCGAAACGAAUUUAGCUUCCGUGGACCAGACAGAAAACUUUACCAAUUUAGAAGAGAUUGAAAAACGUCAUGUGAGAGCUCAGUUCACACAAUGCGUAAGUCUGUCCGAUCGAUGA